CUUGACUUGAGACUUUGUGAUUUAACGAUAUCGGUUUGGAUCAUUAAGACGUUUAACGAGUUUUGGUACAUAUCCUUAUGUGGAAGAACUAGGGUUUGAGGUUGGCUGGUCAUUUUUGUCUUUUGUCUUCUUCUCUUUUUGUUGAACAAAAGACGUGUAAAAAAACAACAGCUGUCUUUGGCGUUUUUGGGUAGUGUCAGCAAAGUUGGUUUCAGCGAUUUGUUUUAAGGAUGCUGUAGAGACCCUUGGAAGAUCCGAUGCAAACAUGACAGAUCCCUUCCAUCAAGAGCAAAAGCAAGAGCAAGUAGAGCAUUCACAUAUAGAAAAUGAAGAACAUGAUCAUCCACUGUCAAUGGAAGAAUUUGACUACGGUUCUCACAAAUCUGAAUGUCUGGAGCCGCCAAACAGUCCUCCUACAAAAACAAGCAUGGGUGCGAAAUUUCUAGACUGGUGGGAUUCUUGGAAACGAGAUUUGUAUUCAGUAUGGUGGUCAUUGAAUAGAAAGUUGAGUCGAAUGUAUCGAUGGAUAUGUAGCUUUCAUCGGACCCGUCCGCUUUUAUCAACGCACUACGCUGAAGAAGAAUCAAACAGUUUCAAACAAGAUGAAGUUUAUACUGUGGUCAAAGACAUCAAUAGUGGAGACGAUCUAGUUUUGAAUAUUACAAAGCCAGUUGAUCCUCUAAUACUACGAUCAAAUAUACCGCCUGUGCAUCGUAAACAUCUUCCUCCCAAGCUCUCGCUAGUAGCUACCCCGGGAACGGUACCUCUACACAGUGUAGUGGUAUUGGAAGACUGGAUCAAUCCACUGCUGUCUCAAAAGACUCAGCUUAUGUUGCAAAGCGAGUUGUGUAACAGUGAUAGCUUUGACUGUCCUGGAUAUAUUUGCGUUUUUAGCUAUGAAGAAAAAAAUCCUUUACGUGAUUCUAAUGCCCAUAGUACGUCCCUUAUUCAAAUUUCUCGAGUUUCUGAUUUGAAGCGGCAUUUGCAUGAUCAUUCGUCUCGGUGCCGCUAUCAUCGUUCGCUUUUGGAAAUCUUUCCCUGUCCGAGCAAAUCUUCGAAGCCCUGUCAAGUCAGUUUCAAGGUUGAAAGACUGAUCCAUAAGGAACUCGAGGAGACUUUUAACUGGCUUCCUGGUAUUCAUUGUGAAGCAUGUGGACUCUUGCAUGAAAACUGGCUUAAAAUCAGUAGUAACGAUUGGGACGAAAUCCGUGGGUCUAUUUUACGGUGGAUUGAAUAUUCCAGAGUAAUUUAUUCAUAAAAUCAGACUUUCAUUCCGUUCUUUUCUUUUUGUAGACUACUAAUUGUUUUUGUUUGAGGUUGCUAUCUUUAUCUUUUGGUUUUUUUCCCUUGAAAGUUUUGUUUCUGUUUCGACUAUUAUGAUUUACGAGAACUAUUAUUUACGCUAUUGCAUUGUUUUAUCCUAUCCCUACUAUUUAUUCCCUUUUCUUUAAAUAUACGCUGCGUUUGACAUGAAUGACGAGGUUCAGAGUUCAGAAAUAUACGAUACGUACUAUAGCCCUCUUUUGUUUUUAUCUAAUACAUAAAAGUCUAUUAGAUCGAAGUGGUCUUCAAAAAUCUGUAACAAGUCUGACAUGAUAAGUAGAUAUAGGCAGUCUCAUAAUGGAGUGUUCAUCCUCAUUAGUCAAUUAAAUCUACACUAGACAAAGAAGCAUAACCAGUAGCUACACCACCUUCAUGGGAAGAAACUGGCUUUGUACGGCAAAUGUAGCCGGCGUUACCAUUGUUUAUUUCUUCAGCUGUCUUGGUAUUCCAAACAAUGGUUCCUAAAAUGCCAAUUUCGUCAACGACAUCAUAUUUUUCGGCGACACUUCCUUUCAAGAUGUAAUUCUGUGAAGGAAGAGAUUUGAUAUAACGCAUCAAAAUGUAGGAAUCCCAUUCCUCCUUAGGAAGUUUGUUUAAAAGGUCAGGAAUAUCUUUUCCAUAGGUGUUGUUACCACCACCUUCACGUUGAGGCUUCAAAACAAAGUCAUCAGAGUUUUCAAGAGCAAGCUUUAUACCCUCUUGGCCGCGGGGCGUGUCAUUCAGAGGAUACAUAUCUGCAAAAGUUGACUCAAUGGCUUUAAGCUCGUCACCAUGCACAAAUUUUUCAAGAGCAUUGCUUUCGGCAAGCACCUGCUGAAUCUUCUUUGAGCCUGCCAAGUGUGUAGCAAUGGUAGGACACUUAAUGGCAAGAGAAUUCUCAAUCAUUAAACGGAUCUCCCACUCCUUGUUCGUAGGGUAAUCAUCUAACGCAUAACCUGAUCGAUAGUAAACAAUGGCAACCUCAAAAAUGCCGUUAGGAGUUUUGUAAUAUAGCUUGUUACUUUCAUCAUCUCGCAUCAAUAAGUCCAAAUGGCGAAUGGCAACACGUUUUGACCUGAUUUUGAAACGGCUGAGAAGGUCAUAUUCCAAAAGACGCUGAUCACAAAUGUUACGCUCACUGUCUUUCACGACAAAUAAAACAAUGGGUUCAAUUCUCUCGGUAGCAUGUAAUUUCGUAGAAGUGAUCCCUUUUGCUUGUUCACAAUAAGCAUUGUAAGCAC